CUCCGUCAAGCCAAGAGGACAUGCAGCUCGUCAGCGAGCUGUCAGCAGUCAUCGAAGAUGCAGCUUCUUUGAACGAGGCAGGGACGAGCGAGCCGAUCAAGCUGGUCCUGGACAAGGCCGUUGGCAACCUCCACGACACCUUCUACUCUCCGGGGAGCCUGGAGUUCAUGUCGCUGGGAGAGUGGGCGAAGAUGCCAGAGGAGCAGGGAGUUGGGCGCAACGUUCUCAAGGAGAAGCUGGGGAAGUGGCUGCAGAGCAAGCGCUGGACUCGCGUGCAAGGAGAGAGCAAGAAGGCAAGGAGGGGCAGCGCGUUCUCGCCACGGGCAACGGCAGCUGCUGAGCUUGAGCAGGAGGCGGAGAGCGACGACAUAGAGCGUCGAUCUCUUAGCUUCCUGUUCAUAGCACUGAGUAAAUUCGCAGAGAUGCAUGUGCUGGCCUGCUCGCUGAAGGUGGACAAGAAGGACCGACUGCGAGUGGAGAUGAGGGAAGAUGACGAAGAAGAGGAAGACAUGGAGGAAGAGCAAGGCGAGGGCGAGGAAGAAGACAGGGCGAGCCCGUACCGAGCUUGAGCUGAGCUCAAGGUAAGGAGAGAAGGUAGGAGGCGACCGAAGGCCAAGGUGAGGAGAGGCAACUCUCCUGACUGAGGCUGAGGAAGCUGAAUGGAGGAGGAGUAGGUGGCGACCGAAGGCCAAGGUGAGGAGAGGCAACUCUCCUGACUGAGGCUGAGGAAGCCAAGAGAAGACAGAAGAAGUAAAGAGUAGAAAGACGCCUCAGAAGCAGGGUUCGCAUUGUAGGCCGUGUACUCCCAGUGCUCGAGCGCCUCUUUAGACUAGGAUCAAAUUGCAUAAGCCCACAACGAGGCCGAGCAACAUUCUAGCAUUCUAAUAAACUCACAUAAUAAU